AUGGCCUCGUCCGAAUCUCGCCUCAACCAAAUAGUCAAAGGCGCACCUACAACUAAUCUCCGCCCUCUGCCCUCCGCUCCGCUACCCUCUCUAGGAAAACAAUCUUCCGAGCAGUCCACGCUCGAUCCUCACCUGGCGUCCUUGCCUUCCUCCCCUCCUCAGAUCUACUUGAACCUCCUAAUUCUCGAAUCCUCCCUGCGCGCACAGUAUCUGCACCUCGUCUCCCGUCGCCGGCUGAACACGUUCUUCCUGCUAUUGCUGGCUGCUUGGAAUUGCCUUUUCUUCUACGCGCUCUUCCUGCGCCCCCGAGAAGAUGGCACCGGCUUGGGCGGGUCCGUGUACUGGGUGGUCGAGACAUCCGAGAAGCUCGCAUUGAUGGGCGGUAUUGUCACGGUUCUUUUGGUUUGGGGCACGGGACAAUGGGAAAGAGGCAUCCGCUGGCCCAGAAAAUGGUUAGGGACGACGAAUAGAGGUCUGAGGGGUUUCAAUCUGCGCGUGGUUAGAAUCCGGGGAAAGUUUUGGCAGGAAAUGCUUGGACAUCUCUCUUUCUUGCUCCCCUUCGGUCUCUGGCGCGAGGCGGGAGGCUCGGAUUGGCACCUCGUCGAGCACGAAAACGGGCUCGUGAUCGAAGAAGAUCUCGCCAAGGGAGGGGACAGCAUCAUGCUUCUCCUCCUCCCCAAGUCUUUCUCUCCCGAGUUUCGGGAGAACUGGGAAGACUACCGCACAGAAUAUUGGGAAAAGGAGAACGAACGAAGGGCAGGGUUGAGGAGGAAAUUAAAUGCUCUUAGGAGGGCAAAGGCUAAGGAAGCCGGAGGAUGGAAAUGGUGGACGGGAGCAUGGCGAUUACAAUCAUCUAGACAUCAUGGCCAGAGACGGCAUCAUGACCUGGAGAAACAUCCACACCUGCAACACGCGCAGGGGACGGGUUCACACCGCGCAAGUUUGUCAGAAAAGGACGCUGUUUCUCAUGCUCGAGCAUUAAGUGGGACAGCCAGCAAAAGAAGGAGCAUUAACCUCGACUCGGAUUCCACGCACAGCCGGAGCAGACAAUCGUCGCGCUCUUCCACACCCCAUCUUGAGUUUGACGUGGCCACCGAACGCCCUCUCUCAGAAAGGAUGAGGAGAGGAAGCUCGGUCAGUAGCACAGCCAGCGUCAGAAGGAAACCGACAAAGGACGGGCGCAGAGACAAAGACGGUAACAGAGAACGUGGAGGCGAUGGCACCCCGCUCGGCACCCCGCUGUUGAGUCCUUUGACCAGCGCUGGUGGAGAAGAUGACAGAGAAGAACGAAAGCGCCGGAGGAAGGAGAGGGAAGCUGCGCGCAAACAGAAAGAGGAAAUGGAAAAGGAAAAGGAGAGAGGAAAGGAGCAGCACGUCAAAGAGGAAGACUCUCAGCAGAAGAGGAAGAACAGAAUCAAGCAGGAACCCACCACUGUCAAACAUGAGUCCAAGGCCGAGAACGACAGUGGCAAUGGCAACGGGAAAGGCUACGAAGCAGGAGAGAGCAGCGUUCCCACCACGCCGAAGAGCGAGGGAGGAUUCUCUCUUGACAUGGCCACCACUUCGGCCAAUGAGACCGAUAUCAAGACCAAGACCGAGCCAGAGGUGGCGUGA